UCGAAAGGACAGAAAGAAAGAAGAUUCGCCUAUAAAAAUGGCAGUUGUCCACGAUCCUCUCAAUCUCACGACAGCCAUGAACGCCUACCGCUUUCCCUUCGUCAUACCCAUCAGCCCGAGACUGAGCGAGUUAGAUGCACUUCUCAGAGUCUUCCUUUCCACCGUCGCCUCUCUCACCUUCGUCCACAUCGUCGUAUCCAGAGUCCCCAAGAACCUUCCCCGCCUCAUCGCCACCCUCCCCAUCGUCUACCUCUUCUUCAUCCUCCCCUGGCUGUUCUCCUCCAUAGCCUUCCGCAUAACCUGUGUCUUCUUCCUCUCAUGGCUCUGCAACUUCAGGCUCCUCCUCUUUUGCUUCGACUCUGGGCCCCUCCUCCUCCACCGCCGUUCCCUCCCCCACUUCGUUGCCUUCGCCGCCCUCCCCAUCCAGAUCAGACUGCCGGAAACCAGCAAAGACCGGCGGCAAGUGGAGCAGCACCACCACCAUCAGCAUUCCUCCUCAGGGACGACUUUGCCGAGAGUUGCACUCGCGCUAUCCACCAUAUUCCUCUCCCUCGGCGCCUUGUUCACAGACUACGUACAGCGGCGCCGGGCGCUGUGCCUUCCCGCGCUCUACACCUUGCUGAUGUCCUCCUCCCUCGACGCCUUCCUGGCCGUCGGGACCAUCCCGGCGCGCCUCUGGCUGGGCGUCGAGGUCGAGCAGCAGUUCGACCGGCCGUACCUGGCGACGUCCCUCGCCAACUUCUGGGGCCACCGCUGGAACCUUGUCGUCACCGCCACGCUCAGGCCCGCCGUGUACUGGCCCGUCCGGUCCGCGUGCUCGCGCCUGGUAGGCUCGUUCCCGGCGCGCCUGGUGGCUAUCGUGGCAACCUUCCUGGUGUCCGCGCUCAUGCACGAGCUGGUGAUGUACUACCUGAUCCUGGAGCCUCCAAAGUGGGAGUGGACCGGCUUCUUCGUCCUGCAUGGCUUCCUUGUAGCUGGAGAGGCUUGCGUGAAGAGGUUCGCCGGCGCCGUCCCCCUGCCCCGCGCAUUGAAGGUGGCCGUCACUCUGACCAUGCUCUACGUGACGGCGAUGUGGCUAUUUUACCCGCCGCUGAUACGGAUUGGCUUGGACUCGAAGGCCGCAGCUGAGGUCCAGUCCGCUUUGAAAGUGCUGCUAGGUCGCGCCUAGAUCUGGCUUUCGCCGCCUGGGCACGGCCGAUCUCCGCCGCUUGCCCUUUUUCUUUAGGGUGCAAACCCCCAGCUCCUGUGUCGUGUCACGUCUUUCCAAUAAAAAUGGCACACGAGUCGUGCCUCUUAUA